UGUGGGUGACGUCACGGGCGGAGGAUGCGGGCGCCCCAUUGGCUCGGGCUCGGCGGCCGUGCGCUGGGAUCUUAAAGGGCGACCGGAGCGCGGGCCGCGCUGGCCGGGCGGGGCCCAUGGCCAGCACCAGCAGCCACCUGUAUGAUGCUGUUCCAAUCCAGUCUAGUGUGGUGUUAUGCUCCUGUUCAUCGCCAUCAAUGGUGAGGAACCAAGCAGAUUCCAGCACUCCAUCUGUCAUUUCCACCUGUGGCAGCAGACAGGGAUCUAACAUGGAGGGCACUGCAGCUGAAUCAAGAUCUAGUUCAAACUCCUUGCAGCAACAUACAGGACAGCAGCCUCCACAGCCUCGAAAGAAACGACCUGAUGACUUCAAAUUUGGGAAAAUUCUGGGUGAAGGAUCUUUUUCAACGGUUGUCUUGGCUCGAGAAUUGGCAACUUCUAGAGAAUAUGCCAUUAAAAUUCUAGAAAAACGUCAUAUCAUAAAAGAAAACAAGGUGCCAUAUGUGACACGAGAGAGAGAUGUAAUGUCCCGUCUGGAUCACCCUUUUUUUGUGAAACUCUACUUCACCUUUCAGGAUGAUGAAAAGCUAUAUUUUGGGCUUAGCUAUGCCAAAAAUGGAGAGCUGCUAAAGUAUAUACGCAAAAUUGGCUCAUUUGAUGAGACUUGUACCAGGUUUUAUACUGCUGAAAUUGUAUCAGCCCUGGAGUAUUUGCAUGGGAAAGGAAUCAUUCACAGGGACCUUAAGCCAGAGAACAUCUUGCUAAAUGAAGAUAUGCACAUUCAAAUAACAGACUUUGGAACAGCGAAAGUAUUAUCUGCAGAUAGCAGACAAGCACGGGCAAACUCAUUUGUAGGGACUGCACAGUAUGUUUCUCCAGAACUGCUGACAGAGAAAUCUGCCUGUAAAAGCUCUGACCUCUGGGCUCUGGGAUGUAUAAUAUAUCAGCUUGUAGCUGGAUUGCCUCCAUUUAGAGCUGGAAAUGAAUAUCUUAUAUUCCAGAAGAUAAUAAAGUUGGAAUAUGACUUUCCAGAAAAAUUUUUUCCCAAGGCAAAAGACCUUGUUGAAAAGCUAUUGGUUCUAGAUGCUACCAACAGAUUAGGUUGUGAAGAAAUGGGAGGAUAUGGACCUCUUAAGGCUCACCCCUUCUUCGAAUCCAUUGUUUGGGAGAACCUACAUCUUCAGACACCCCCAAAACUUACAGCAUAUUUACCUGCUAUGUCAGAGGAUGAUGAAGACUGUUAUGGAAAUUAUGACAAUCUCCUGAGUCAGUUUGGCUGUAUGCAAGUUUCUGGUUCUGCCUCUUCCCAUUCACUGUCUGCCCCAGAGACAAGUACACCACAGACAUCAGGAGGAAAUAUUGAACAGUAUAUUCAUGAUCUUGACAACAAUUCCUUUGAGCUGGACUUACAGUUUUCUGAAGAUGAAAAGAGAUUACUUCUGGCAAAACAAGCUGGUGGAAAUCCUUGGCAUCAGUUUGUAGAAAAUAACUUAAUCCUAAAAAUGGGUCCAGUGGACAAAAGAAAGGGAUUGUUUGCACGUCGGCGCCAAUUGCUGCUCACAGAAGGACCCCACCUGUAUUAUGUGGAUCCUGUCAACAAAGUUCUAAAAGGAGAAAUUCCGUGGUCUUUAGAGUUGCGGCCAGAAGCCAAGAAUUUUAAGACAUUUUUUGUUCACACAGAUGAAACAGGUGCCUAUUUAAUAGACAGAGACCCGACCUACUUUGGGCCAGUGCUGAACUAUCUCAGACACGGAAAACUGGUUAUUAACAAGGACCUAGCUGAGGAAGGUGUACUGGAAGAGGCUGAAUUCUACAAUAUCACAUCACUAAUAAAACUGGUAAAGGACAAAAUAAGAGAAAGAGACAGCAAAAUCUCACAGGUGCCAGUCAAGCACGUGUACAGGGUGCUACAGUGCCAGGAAGAGGAACUCACUCAAAUGGUGUCCACAAUGUCUGAUGGCUGGAAAUUUGAACAGCUUGUCAGUAUAGGUUCCCAGUACAGCUGUGGCCGGGCCCAGCAGUCAGAGUAUCUGCUGAUAGUGUCACGGGAAGUGAAAGGGGAAGAGAGAUGCUUCCAGAAAUGCUGCAGUGAGCUGGUCAGUAUUGGUUCUUCCUAUAACUAUGGCAAUGAAGAUCAGGCUGAAUUUCUGUGUGUUGUCUCAAAGGAAUUGCAUAACACUCCAUAUGGCACAACCAGUGAACCCAGUGAAAAAGCAAAGAUUUUGCAAGAACGAGGUUCCAGGAUGUGAAGACAGUGUUGAACGGUGACAAUUUUAUCUCUUUUAUUCCAAGACGCAGUGAAUUGUCACACUGAAGAGGCUCGGCUGCGAAAGAAAAAAUCUGAUUUAGACAAUUUUCUGUUGAUCUGGGUUCAACCAUUUUUGCCUAUAAGCUGGUGUCAACUGGCUGAAAGCAUUACAAGAUUACAUAAUGGGAAUAGAUGAUGUGGGAGUGUGUGUUAAGUUUUGGUUGUAGUGCAUGGUUGUACUCUCUUGUGGGCUGACUGAUGCUGGUCAUUUGAAAAGAAAUGACCACGCGCUCAUAUUUUCCUCUGAGACAUGUAGCACUUAAUGUCUGGUGCUGGAUGACCCAAUGUUGAUCAGUUUGGAGACAUUUUCCUACUAAUCAUUGUAAACAUUUAAAGGACAAUGUAAUUGGUGCUACACACACACACACACACACACACACACACACACACACGCACGCACACACACAUAUAUUACAGCCCACAAAUGCAAAUAUUUGGGCCUACAUUGUUUCCAAAUCAGUGGCAGCCCUGGUUGACUGUGUUAUACUGCACAUUCCUUUUGGCUCUGUGACAUACUCUAUUCUGUGAUAACAGCCGAGGAGAUCAACUGAAACUAGCACAUAAAACGUUACACAACAGAGAAAAGGUUUCUCUAAAGAAAUGGUGUAUAUAUUGACUGGAUUUAUUGCAUAUUUUAAUACCCGGAGGGAAGACUAAACUCAGACAAAAUGGCCUUCACCUGAGUUAUUCUUGAUGUUCCUUCUGUUAAAACAGUCUCCUGCAAAAGUUAUGCUCCAGUCUUAGCCAGAUGUUUGGAAGGGGAAUCAAAAUUCACUUAAAAUGAACAACUGAACAUUCUGUUUCUUUUGAGAUGUUUGUACUCAUAUGUGUGUUUGUGCUUUUUUAAAUGCUUAUAAGCAUUGAACGCUGUGGGUUAUGGUAGAGAUUUUUCUAGAGCUGGAGGUUGUACAGAAAUAUGGCUGGCUAGUCCUAGAUCCCUAUCUCUGUGACUGCUUUUAAAAUCAACCUUGAGUGUGAACAUGAGCUCACCCAUUUGAAAAACCUAAUUACUACAGACAUUCAGGGUACCUGUAAUCAAUCUUUCUAUACUGUUUCAACUAUGCAGUUAAAGAACACUGUUUGAAAACAUCUGGUGCAGUUUUAUUAGUUUGUCCUUGAUGAAGGCUAAUACACAAGACUGGAGCUUUUUAAUACACUAUGUUUUGAUCAAAAUCUUUAGCACGCCUUUAAAACACUUAAUGAAAUUGAGAGUAUAAAACUCGGCUUCAUUGACUUAUGAAAGCAGUGGGAGGGAGUUUCAAAAAUCUACAAGAUUGUUUUGAAUUCUAAAGACAUUACAGUUUUCAUUCUCAGUAACUUCAGAAUUUAUGCAUAUACUCUAAGUAAUCCUUUACACAAAAUUCUGAUUUUCAAACACCCAGGGUCUACUUUUUUUUUUAAAGGACUUACUAUACAUUGAUAAAAGUUUGGCAGAAACAAUUUGUAAAAACCAUUUCUACUAAGCAGGUUAAGCAAUGGGCUAAAUGUUCUGUCCAUGCAUCUAAUGCUUGAAAGGGUUUGUAAUGCAUUUUGCGGCUUGGAUGUGGUCUGCACGGGAAGCUGCUGGCCCCUCCACAACAACACAUAAAAUGUUUGUCUUUUUUUAAGAUGUUAGAACUGAAUUGAAUUUACUAAAAAUGUAAUUGUGUAGGGGGAAAUGUUUAUACUUUUAUACUUUUUUAGGCACCCAUAUUUUAUCAGCUUAAAUUUAGCACCCAAAUUUCCCCUAAAUAGUAACAGAUUAUCUUGUGUAUCUGAAAAUAAGCAUAACAGUUGUCUGUGUUAACUGCAUAUUAAAACAUUUCCUCUGCUGCAGUAGUCACUGUGUUUUUAAACAGUAUGACUCCACCAAAUUCUCUGAGCUCCCUAGCUCAUGGAAUUGCAGCCAACCAUGUUUCUUGUUUUUUUUCUUGAUGUGCUCUGCAGAGAAAUUCGGCAUUGGCCUAAGUGAAUUUUAAUGCCUAAAAUAUCUGUUUUACAGUGAUCCUUCUGAAUCACCAUUUCUGUUUUUUUUUCUUAUUUAACCAAAAAUAAUAGAAUAUUUCAUAAAGUGAAAUUUUCAAGAAUGACAGCAGCAAAGCAUGAGUAACAAACUGAGCAAACUGAACAAAUUUAAAAUAUGUAAAAGAGUGGGUUUUUCUAAGUACAUUUUUUUCACUGGAGUAUUUUCAGUUUUAAAACAUGCUUUUAUGGUGAGAUUACCUGCAAUCUAGUUUACAUUGUAUCCCUGUUGUAGCGAAUUUGGGGGAAAUGAAUGGUUAAUAAUUUUGCACUUUGUUUCCAAUACCUCACAAAGAUUUUAAGAAAGGAAAAAAAAAAAAGAAAGAAGAAAACUUUAAUAGGCAGGUACCUUGUAAAUUAUUUUAAAUAUGCUGUUGUUUGAGACCACCCAAGCUAAUCAAUUUCCUGUUCUUGCUAAUGUCAUUAUUGCUUUAAUUUCUGUGAAUAUUUGAGGCUUUCAGAUAGAUGGAAGUGCUACCAUAUGCCUUUAUCAAGGCAUUAAGAAUUGAUCCCUAAAUAAGUUUGCUUUCUUUUUCUUUGACUCUUGUAAUUUCAAAUAAAGUUAGCUACAGUAACAAGGUAGUUGCAUUACAGUCCAGUCUACAUCACCAGGUUUUGCAAACAUUGCUUUGUCUGUUAAGAUCUUGCAGGAUGAGGUAAUGUACCAAUAUAGUUUAAACUGGAGUAGUUUGUCUGUUUCUUGUCUGUCAUUUGGAGAGUAUUUACCUCAAGAGAACUGCCUGUGACUAUGUAAAGCUGAUGGGUUCACUAGGGGGCUGUAGUUGAAAAGCUGUACCACAAAAGCCUUUGACGUGAACUCUGGAUUUACACAGCUCCACUAUUCUUAAAUCAAAACAGUAUUCCAGCUUAGAAUUUAAGAUCCUGAGCACAAAGAGAUCAUAGCAGAAGCAAAUAAAGCAGGAAGGGAGAGAUACCAAAACACAACAGUAAUCAAGGUGACCUCUUAUGAAAAUAUAAAUUCUAUGAAAGAUUUUACUUUCUACCCUUUUGCUAUAUGAAUAUUUGGUGAGGUUGUUUGGCAUGUUGUCUGUGGAACAGGAGAUUACUUCAGCAGGUGGUUAGUGGAUUUUCAGUGAAAUUCUUUAAAGGCUUUUACAUGACAAACUUCUUGCAAAACCUGCUUAAAGACUGAGAAGUUCAAUUUUACUGUAGAGGUUUCUUGCUUUGAGUUAGGAAACAGGUAGCAUACUGUUGGCCUUAAGUUAUGUCAGAGGCUAAUUUUCUGUAUUGGACAUGACAUUUUUGUAUUAAAUGCUUUUGACUACUUCAAGCAGCAAUUAAAUCAGAGUUUAUCUGCAACGAACAAGUCAUUCUCAGGCCGCUAAGACGUGAAGGUCACCUGGUCCAUAAUAACUGUCCAAAAGUAUAGCCUGACUCAUCAGCUCCCACAAUAAAUGUGAAUAGAAUUUUUUUCUGUUGGGUUUUUUCUUUGUUUGUUUGUUUAACAAAAGACACAAGGUCACCUGGAAUUUUCUCCCACUUACUGUGGGGUUUCCGUGGAUUAUGACUAAUCACAGUUUGUUAUCCCACAGUAAUUUAAUUGUGUCAAAGGCCUGAUUGUAUUUAGAAGCUUAUAUUGAUUCUCCACUAAACUUUCGGUCCUUUUAAUAUACUUGGAAAAUUUGGAAAAUGUACAGUGCUUUUUUUCAAACUCAGCUAGGCUUCUUGUAAUGAUAAAAGUUCCUUUCAACCUUCAUUGUAGCAUUAGUAAAAUAUGUUUCUUAAGAAAUUGAGCUCAGUGUAUCCACCUAGGUUUUUUGUCUUCAGAUUUUCUUUAGACAAUAACUGUGUAGCUCCAGUUCUAGCAGUGUUAGAACCAGGACUAUUUCCUGAAGAUACCAAAAUUGAAUCAGUCUCCUCUUGCUCUGAGAGAGGGUUUUUUUUCAGGAGAAAAAUGAAAACUUCUAGCAGAUUAAACAAAAGAAAACCUGAUUGCAGGCAUGCUUAGGGAACAGGUCUGUUGAGUAGUGUGAUGGUGUUUUCAGAAAACUGCUUUUCAGAACAGAACACUGUAUUCUCUGAAUGUCUGUUGAGGUGUUUGAGAGUUGUCAGUCUCUUGACCUAUCACCAGCAAAUUAACACACGUUAAUUACAAAUUACUAUUUUUAUUAGGACAAAAAUGAACUUGGAAUGCAAAAAUGUAAUAGUAUCUGAUUGAAUGAAAUGACCUAGAAACUGGAUUGUAAGGUGUGUUGUUCAAUCAUUAUGGUAUGCUGGAAUACAUUCCUUGAGAAGCACUGAGAGAAAAGUGAAGUACUGGGCUUUUCAUGGAGAUCAAAGUCAAGUGAAAGAGAGUCUGGAGAUGAAGCCUGAGCUUUUGCUCACUUGAAAAGUGAUAAAAUCAGAAAGUCAUUCUCCUGUUUUAUUCUCUCUCUCUCACCAUGUCAAAAGCAUCUUUCAAGUUUUUCAAAUUAACUUCUUCAAUCAGCCCUGAAAGGUGGGGCCCUUGAAAAAAGAUGGGAUUUUGUUACGCCUUUAACAGUACCUGUUAGCUCAGGGCAGUAGGAUUAAAACUUCCAGCAGUCUUUGGAGAAGUGUCUUUUCUAACAUAAUGAUUUUUAAAUACAUACAGUCUGAGGGCGCUGCCUGUUACUUCAUUAUAGUCUAGAUGGAAGUUAUCUCCAGCUUUUUAAGGACAAUCUCGGGAUCUUACCUGGGUUUGUGUGUAGAAUUAUUGAUUCUUAAAAUAGUAUAAAUAUUCAGUUUAAAAAAAAAAAGUGUGAGGCUCUCUGAACUCAGUGUCAUACAACUUUUCUUUCUUUUGGCUCACAACAAUCAGGAGCUGUCUUGAAAGGCUUCUUACUGAACUGAAGCUUUAAAGGGCUAAAUAGAUCUUAUUGUUCAGUUUUCCUAAAUGAGUGUCAGACAGAAGGAACUCUUUCCAUUUUCAAUGCAGAAAUGCUAAGGGCUAAAUCCUUUCCAGGGCUCAUUUGAAGUUCCAGAGACACAUAAUGUUUAAAAAAGCAGCUAGUCUGUUUUUCUUUCAACUCACAGACUCUAAAAUAAUUUUUGCAAGUGGCUGAACCAAUUGCAGAUAUAAGUAUUCAUAUAUAGCUUGGAAUUUCAGUAUCCAGCUUGGUGAGGAAUACACUAAAGGAGGCAGUACACUUGUCCACCACUUUAUUAUUGCCUGUGCUGAAAUCUGACAACCUUUAUGAACAGCACUGGCAAUAGAGAGACUUUGAGGAAGAUUCUGCCCUGGGAAAUUUUUGCGGAAUAUUUCAUUGCAACUUAGGUGUCCUUUACUUCAGCAAGGUCUACCAAGGCAUAGAUAGUGCUGCAAACAUAGCUUUCUGGGCCCAUCACAGGGUUCUCUUUAGGAUGUUGUGUGUUAAUAACUCCUACAAUGAGAAACAUUUUAGAAAGUUAUUUUGCUACUUUGGGGGUGGGUGGAAGGGGAAGAGUUGCCUUAGAAAGCGGAGCGUAAAUUUUGACCUGACUUAACACCUGUUGAGAUUUCCAGGCCUGGUUAUCUGACAUGUAAAAGUUAAUAUAUUUAUAUAUGUGAUGCUUGCUUCUUUUGAAGAUUUUCCAAAAACUUACCUUAUGCACAACUGUACUCAAACUUAGCUUGGCUCACUUGAGGCUUGUGCUUGGGUCCCUAGUGUAGGUUGAGCUGCACGCCCUAAGAGAAAUGUUGCCAACCUGUCUACCUGCAACCGAAAAAAGAUCACCAAACUGAAGGAAUGUCAAUGCCAACUGUUUCCACCUGCUUCUGUCCUAAGCCUCAUCUGAGCCCAGCUAUGAAAAAUCUGUUUCCUAUGGACUCUCUUGGCCCACCUACCUAAUUCAACAGAUGUUCUUUUUUUUCCUUUCCCCCCAAACCACCGAUCUCAAAAUUAGUUGUGCAUCAACUGUUUGUGUUAAUAUCCAAGUGGCCAUACCUGCAACAUGUUAUUUCCUGGAUAGUGGAUUAGCAAUAACACCUUAUUUUGUGCCAAUUCAUUAUCUCUGAGGUGUUCUUACUGCAGCAAAGUUUGAGUUUUGAUCUGGUUUUAAUGCUUUUGCGUUAGCUAAAACUCUUAGCACAGACAUAGACAAGGAACUGAAUUCAGUGAUUUUCCCUGGAUAAAAAUCUGCUAGGGCUUCCCAAAUAAUUUGAAGAUGGUUACAGUUAACCAUCAUUUUUAAAACAAACAGACAAUUAAAAUGUGUGGGUAUUUUUUUAACCUCCUUUUCAUAACACUAGUGUAUUGUAAACUGCAUGAAAUAAACCUGUUUUUUCCCUUUUAAA